AUGGCCGAGCACGCCGCACGUCAAUCGAGCUUGGUCGUAAACUUACCUCAACAUGACGUCGCUACAGACACCAACUUGAAGCUGAACGGCCAACCUGUGGACACGCCAAAGUUCGACGUGCCUCUCCAUAAGAUUACCGCGGAGUACAGGUACACCAUGAACCAAAUCGUGUUUCGGGCCGUUAUUUUGCAAAACCCGCUUUUUGACGGCCUGUUUGACGCCUCCAAGAACUUUGCCAUCGGGAUGGUCAUCGGACACGAAAUCACCCACGGGUUCGACAACUACGGCCGCAAGUUGGAUGGCGACGGAAACUUGAACCCGUGCCAUGGUGGUCGAACGCCACCAAAACUGCGUUCACAGUCAAUACGAAAUCCCAGUGCAUUAGCGACCACUAUGCCAACUUUGUCGUCAAGAGCUAAGUGA